AUGACAAAGGAACAUGAGAUUAUCAAGCAUGACGAAUUGAUCCAACAAGAAAACUCGAUUGAUUAUGUUCAAAACCUUCGUUCGUCUGAAGAAUGGGAAGAAGUUAUAGCUUAUGAGCAUAUGUCUUCUUCAGCCAAGUCUCACUCAUUGACAGCGACUACCUUGAGAGGAGAAGGUAUGAUCGGUAGACUUCCUUUAAAAUUUUACAACAAAGAUAAGACGGAAUGUGUCAUGGUAGCCCAUUUUGGCAUCAAGCUAUGUGGUCAUGAUGGUAUUAUUCAUGGUGGUCUUGCUGCUACCAUUCUAGAUGAAAUGCUUGCUUAUGUGACUAUACCCAAUUUACCCAAUCUGACAGGUUUCACAGCCAAUCUGAAUGUUGAUUAUCGUAAACCGAUCAUUGCCAAUCAGUGGGUCAUUAUCAAGGGCAAGCUUGAAAAAUUGGAAGGUCGUAAAGCAUGGGGGAAAGCAUCGAUUGAAUCGCUUGAUCAUGUUCUCUUGACAGAAGCAACAGCUUUAUACAUUAGUCCACGUACAGAUGGACCUGUUACCAAAUUUUGA